UAUCAGCAGCGAAUGUCACAUCAGUUGUACGCACUGAACCGAUUUGGCAAAACAUGCUUAUUUUUUCUACCAUGUGAAAAGUGUAGCAAAACAUUCGGUUUCUGAUAAACAGUGAAUCGAUUGUGUGGAAUACUUGUAUCUGGCUGACGGUGAUGAAAAUUUUCCAACUGCUCGUGUACAAACUGCUUGCGCGUGCGAUCGAUACCGUGAACAGAUACUUUAACCUGCGACGAUUACAUUACCUUCGGGAAGUGCUGGACAUAAACAUUGGCAUAUUUGUGCACCAAAUCAACAACCGAAGUGAAAUGAUGGCAAAACGUAAAGCCAUUUACGCUUUCCGUCCGUUCGAGGUAUGCGAUGUCGAUUACCGUAGCUCGAUUACCGCCACCAGCAGCAGGGUCGGUUCUGGCAAACGGUAUCCGAAAGCCAGGAGUGGCCAUCGAAUUGUUUGCAGCGAUGCAUCGCUAUAUUGCUACGGUGGAUUUAACCCUAACAAUUCAGGACGGGAUGGUAACAAUGAUCAGCGAGAAGAAUGGUUCCUGUUUCACGAGCUGUGGAAGUACGAUAUGAUACGUAAGGAGUGGACAUUGCUGUUGGAUGUAAAUAACGAUUUACCCAUUGAGCUGGCCUCAAAUGCAAUGCUGCUGUGUGGCGAAACGAUCAUGAUUUUUGGCGGCACAGGAUAUCCAUUCGGAGUAACGUGCUCGAACGCGUUGCGCGUUUGUAUACCACGCCGUAAACCGAAAGAUCUGACUGAAGUGGAGGUGAAAGGGGACCCACCGCCACCACAAUAUGGACAGGCUAUUGUAAUAAGUGACAAUUUCCUCUACAGCAUCGGCGGAACCAAUGGGUUCGAUUACACUUUAGAUGUCCACCGGCUGCAUUUACCCACCAGGACAUGGGAGUGUGCUUACGAGUGCAAUCAAAACAUUCGCGAAGAUCCUUCGGGAAGAUACCGACACGAGCUGGCGUACGAUGAUUCUAAAAUUUACGUGAUUGGCGGCGGAACGAGUGAUGCAGUUUUUAUACUAUCUAAUAUUCCCGUGUACGAUAUGAAAGCUAACAAGUGGGAAUACUUGCUAACGAAACCCGAUCCACUGGCAAACUCUCCGGGGAUUCCGACUGCCCGCAAGUGUCAUUCGUGUGUACAGAUUCGCACGGAUCAAGGCGUGGAGGUGGUUGUAGCGGGUGGAUACGAUGGUGUGAACUACUAUAACGACAUUUGGAAGCUAAACCUCAGCACUAUGCAGUGGAAGAAAAUGCAGAAAUCGAACUUACCGUAUCCGCUAUUCUUCCACGAUGCGGCAAUAACGAGCGAUGGUUGUAUGCACAUUUUCGGCGGCAUUAAGUACAGCAAUAACACGAGUGUUCGCACGAACACGCUCUACAGGAUGUGGACCACAAUACCACGGUUAAGUGUGAUCGCCUGGGAAGCGCUAUUGCAUUACAUUCCAAGCUUGCCCAGCAGGAGGCCCGAAGAACUGUUGGAAGCCGGAAUUCCGCGCCAGUUUGUUGAGCGAGUACAAGAAUGAGUUCUUUGUGUCUGGGGAAUUUGUUUCUGUAUAAACGACUAUCACCCUUGCUUCUAAGUUGAACAAUGUUUUUUCAUCUGAAUGUAACCCCUCCCCGGAAUAACAAUUAAGGGCAUGAAAAGUUUGUGUAAUAAUUUCUGUUUGAAAUCUUUUAAAAAAGUGAAAUAAAACUUACAACAUGAAGAGCUUCGAUUGGAAAUUGGA